AUGAAAUAUGGAGCUGUCGGGGAUGGAAUUUCAGAUGAUACAUCUGCGUUACAAAAGGCGUGGGACAGUGCUUGUAACGGAAGCUCCAAAAUUGGAAGUGUAUAUGUACCGGCAGGGAAGGUGUUCCUGCUUAGCUCUCUUCACUUCACGGGUCCUUGCAAACUCAAACCUCUGAUUUUCACGAUAGAUGGAGAGAUGAAAGCGCAGAGUGAUCCAAACAAGUGGCAAAAAGGAGAGAACGGGAUAAUACCAUGGCUCAUAUUCGAUCGAGUGGAGGGACUUGUACUAUCUGGACGUGGCUUGUUGGACGGCCAAGGCAAAGGAUGGUGGGACAUUCAUUGUAGAGACCAUCCCGGACCUAUGAUGACAUUCAGCAAUUGCAGAAAUGUAAUAUUGAAGAGUUUGAGAUUUAGAAAUAGUGCACAAUCACAUAUUCUUGUGAUGGGAAGCCAAAAUGUGCAUAUCAAAGACGUCAAAAUAAAAUCUCCGGAGAUUAGUCCUAACACCGACGGUGUCCACAUCACAUCUUCAUCUGACGUUUCUAUUACUCAUUCCGACUUCGCCACUGGUGAUGAUUGUGUGUCGAUAGGAGAUCAAGUGCAUAAUUUGAGUGUUACCUUUGUCAACUGUGGACCUGGUCAUGGUGUGAGCGUUGGGAGUUUAGGUAGAGGAGGAACAGAGGUAGAAGUGGAAGACAUACGUGUGGCGCACGUUAACUUCACAGGAACGACUAACGGAGCCCGAAUCAAGACCUGGCCUGGAGGAACUGGGUACGUCCGUGGAAUAGAAUUCUUUGACAUUCGUUUCUCCAACGUUCAAAACCCCAUCAUCAUUGAUCAGUUCUAUGGUUGUGCUCCUAAUUGCGUUCAGACUGAAAAGGCAGUUCACAUAGAGAAAGUGAAAUAUAUGAAGAUGAGUGGAACGUCGAGGACAGAGGUGGCAAUGAAGCUCAAGUGUUCAGGGAAGAAUGCAUGUUCCAACGUUUUCAUGAGAGACAUUGACUUGUCUCCAGCCAGUGGCAUUGGUUCUGUCUCCUCUCUCUGCAGCUUUGUUCAAGGCGCAACUCAAGGCACCAUUCGACCUUCCUCCUGUAUCCAGUGA